AUGUCAGAAACACUACGGUUUGGUGAUGGUGUUACAAGAGAGAACAAAAAACUAAAGCGCAAGAUGGAUGAUGCUAACAUUGAUGCUGAUUCAGAUGUGUUACUAUCUCUGAGUGUAGGAGGAGGUGGAAGUGGAAGAUCUUCAUUCAAACCCCUCAAGAGUCAUGAGGAGCAAAGGGAAUAUCCAUGUAAGUUUUGCAACAAGAAGUUUCCAAGUUCUCAAGCCUUGGGAGGACACCAAAAUGCCCAUAGGCGAGAAAGGGUGCUUUCAAGAAUUGAAAAGGAAAUUCAAUUAAGAACUUUUGGACUUGGUGUUCAUCACUUUUUUCCAUACUCAAAUCAUCAUCAAUAUCCAUUCAUUGUCGCAGGGUCAUCACCUCUUUAUCAUGGAGUUGGAUGGCCUCAAUUUGUUUCACCUGCAAUCUAUGGCAACUCAAUUGGGAUGAUCAUUAACUCUGCUUGGCCUACUCAAACUCCAUUGAAUAAUAAUGUGGGAUUUGAAAAUUAUCAACAUAAUGAUCACCUGCAGGUUCCUUCGUUUAAUGUUGCUCUUAACAGUCAUGUCGUAAUGGUAAAUAACAAUCAUUACGAGCCUAAUGACAACCAAAAUUCAUCCUCAUUUCCUGAUUCAUCCUUCAAGCUUUAG